AUGGGGCUCGACGGCGGCACCAUCAUAUCUCGCAGCGACGUACUGCGCGGCAGCAGCUGGCGCCUCAAUCAGGCAAACUCGGGCUCGCGCUCGACGCGCGGCGGCGCGGUGUCCACCAGCCAGGUGUAUCAUGAGCCUCAGCUGGACCAACAGGCGGCCUGGCGGGUCAAGUGGGGCACCUGCGCACUCAGCGAGCAGCCGCUGCGCUCCCCCGUCGUUGCGGACCGGCUGGGGUCCCUGUACAAUCGGGAGGCCGUGCUCGAGUGGGUGCUCUCCCGCCGCGGCGCGCCCGUCGACGCGGCCGCCGUCCACCGGUUCGCGAACCAGAUCCGCGCCAACGGCGCCGCCCUCGAGCACCUCGCGUCCAUGAAGGACGUCUUUGCGGUGGCCCUGACCCCUGACGUCCAGCAGCAGCCCGGCGCCGCUGCUGCGCCGGCGGGGACGUCCGGCGGCGCGACAGACGAACCCCAGUACGCGUGCCCCAUCACGGGCCUACCCUGCGGGCGCUACACGAUGGUCGCCCUCGUGCCCUGCGGCCACAUCGUCAGCCAGAGGGCCCUUGACCGGCUGGGCGCGGCAGGGCUAGCAGCGGCGUCGACGUCGGGCGCCGCCGGGGGCAGCCGUGGCGCUAGCGGCAGCGGCAGCGGCGGCAGCGGGGACGUCUCAGCGACAAGGGCCCCUUCGGCUGCAACCACAGCUCCUACGGCACGGGCACCGUGCCAGUGCCCAGUCUGUGGCGCACCGUUCGUUCCUGGGACUGAUGAUGUCAUUAUCAACGGCAGCCAGGAUCAAGUCCUUGAGCUGCGCUGGCGCCUGGAGGAGCAGAAGCGGCAUCGCGGGGAUGGCAGCGGCAAGCGCAAGCGUGAUGCUCGGCCAAAGGCGCAGAGCGCAGGCGGGACUGAGGCAGCGGCAACGCCAGGGGAGCAGCCGCACCAGGAGCAACAGCGGCGCCAGCAGCAGCAGCAGCAGCAACAGCAGCAGCAGGAGCCGCAGCAGCAGGAGCGACAGAGCAGUCAUCCAGCGGCCCCACAGGCCGGCGCUGUCAAGGAGCGGCAGCAGCAGCCUGAGGACGGCGCGAAGGAUGCCAUGGGCUUGCGGCGGCCAGCCAUCGGCGGCGGAGGGCUCGCGGCUGGGCAUGCCCAAGUUCAAGGCAAGCGCGUACGGAUCGCGCUGCCGGAGGGCGCAGAGGCUACAUAG